GAGAGGGAGAGAGUCAGAGACAGGGAGAGAGAGGGAGAGAGUCAGAGACAGGGAGAGAGAGAGAGAGAGAGGUCAGUCGUGAUGAGCGGAGGUUGACUCCUGGUGACGCAAAGAGAGACCGAGCAGGGUGAAAGGAGGAGGCAGACAGAAUGGCUGCCCGGUGCCGCAGCUCCAAAUGCACCGUAGAAAGGAACGGAUUCAAGCGGGAACUCGAUACCUGGCGGCACAAACUGAUCAACUGCGUCGGGUUCGAGAGCAUUCUGGAGGGAAUCUAUGGCCCGUUGCUGCUCAGAGACCUCAAUAUUUUUGAUGACUGUGAACCCGAGGAGCUAGAGGACUGGGCAGUGAAGGCCAGUUGUUCCUUCUGCAGCCUGCUCAUCAAUGACCAUGUCCCAGUGGCCGCCUCCCCCUCAGACGACACGCCCUCCCAAGCCCCUUCCCUCUCGGACAGCAGCCUAUCAGCUCACAGGUUCCUCCAGGCUGUGUUCCAUAAGAAAGAGCUGGUGUCCAGUGGAGACCCUAACGUCCCUCUGGUAGCCCAGGAACUGAUGAAGAGGAUGGUGAGGCAGUUUGCCAUUGAGUACGCCUCCAAGACCGCCUUACCACCACCACAGAAGGGGAAAAUGGGGUUCCGGGGGAAAACGCUGUCGGAGAUUGCAUCAGUAUCCAAGGGAACCAGAGGUUGCAUCAGUAUCCAAUGGAACCAGAGGUUGCAUCAUUUUGAACCAGAGGUUGUAUCAGUAUCCAAGGGAACCAGAGGUUGUAUCAGUAUCCAAGGGAACCAGAGGUUGCAUCAGUAUCCAAGGGAACCAGAGGUUGUGUCAGUAUCCAAGGGAACCAGAGCGGACAGUGUGCUCGACCUCUCCAAGCGGAACUCUGCCAGCUCGGCGUCCACGUCACCCACCAUUCACAAAGCCUCAGGGAGGCAGCAGCAGCGUUGGGGAGCAGCCGGGGCGUACCAGACCGAGGAACACCAUGCCCAGAGGUCCAGUGAGCUGUCUGUGGGGCUGCUGUCCAAGGCUCUGAGAGACGUGAGGUCUGGUCGUCUCCGGGAGAACAGAGCUGCCCUUCUCUACGGGAUCCCCCUUGAAAUCUUGCGCUCAGAGCUGGGGGAGGAUGUGACCUCACAGGAUGUGACCUCACAGGAUGUGGCGGGGACGUGUUACGCGUGGCCUGCAGAGGGUUUUGUCCCGGUCUCUACCCCCCAGCUCAGAGAGGAGCUUCACCUCCGUAUCCCCCAGGUCAGAUCGCGCUCCAGACCAGCUCCCCCUCUCCCUGAGCCUUGCAGCCUGGCUGAGCCCCUGCACUACCACCCCCCACCACACCAUGGCACCACCACCACUAAUAUCGCUGCCACCUCUUCCUCUCUGCUGAGACUUCACCGCUCCCUCCUGCCCUCCCUCGACCUGCCUGACCUCUCACCCCACCACCGCUGCUCCUCAUUGGACGAUCCUGAGGAAGGGGCGGAGCAUAGCGGGGAGAACAAGCAGUCCAGGAAGAAGCGCGGCUCCCCGUUGCCCCCGGUUACGGAGGAACCCCAGAGGGAAGCAGAGGAUGCUGGGAUGCCCGAUGCCCCAAGUGGGAGGAGCUCUGCUCUGGAAGCGGUACGCUCCACGUUAUGCCCCGCCCAUCGCUCUCUGCUCCAGCGAAUCCUGAGGCUCGCCCACCAGCAGCACCGUCUAUCAUUGGCCUACAGGGACGCCCAUCGCCGCCUCGUCCCGCCCCCAGACCCUCUCUGCGGCCACCUGGUGGCCAAACAACAGGACGACACUUCCUCUCCUCCUUCCUUCACUGGCUGUUGGAGCCGUAGUGGUCCGAGUGACUGGAAGACACCAGGUGGUCCAGGCUGUUGCUGCUGGCGGCCUCCUGUCUGUUUCUGCCUCCAGAGCCUCCGCUGCCUGUCCUGUCAGAGCCUGUCCCUGGGACACAUCACCACUGGGGUUCGCUCCUCCUCUUCUCUGUGCUCUUUCACGUCCUCCUCUUCUCGUUCAUCCUCCGCUCUGUGCCCUAAUCCCUCAGUGUGUCCCGUGGUCUCGGUCUGUUGCUCCAACCCCCAGCCCUGCGCCUCCUGCUGCUCAGAACACACCUACCUGGCCCCGGUCAGACACACAGACGCGGAGGUGGAGGAGGAAGCGAACAUGGACGGUAAGGAGGAAGACAAGCCACCCUCUCUUCUGCAGCAGGAGGGGGAAAAAGAGGAGGAGGCUGGGUGUGGUGGGGAGGUGGGUGAGGACAGGGAGCAGCAGGACCUGGUGGAGCGUUUCAGUGACAAACUAAAGGCAAUCAGACCCCAGGAGAAGGAUCCUCCACUCAGCUCUGCCUUAGCCAAUCACAACCUAGAGAAGGAUCCCCACCUGACGACCUCGGCCAAUCAGCACGUUGCAGAGUCCCAGGCCGACGCCCACCUGAGUGAGAUCAUCACCACCGUUCUGAACACGGGUGGCGGCAGCGACUACAGCCUAAACGACAUGUUGCAUCACCAUGACAACAACGAGAGCCAUCCACCUCGGACGCGUUCCCGGCGGCGACAGGAGGCCCUGGCUGCCAUGGCGACUUUGCCCGACCAGUCGUCCACCCGGCGCCAGACCGUGCUAAUCAAACGGGAGCUGGCCAGGCUGAACCAAUCGCUGGGCAGGAGGCUAUCGCUAGGGAAGAACAAGAGCCGCAGUGCCACGCCCUUUUCUACCUGCUCCUCACCUGAACCAACCCCUGUUAAAGCAGAGAUAGACAGAAUCACAGAGGAGGAGGGCGAGACCGGUAGAGAGAGCGGUAGAGUGAAGGAGGGAGAGAGCGGUAGAGUGAAGGAGGGAGAGACCGGUAGAGUGAACGAGGGAGAGAGCGGUAGAGUGAAGGAGGGAGAGACCGGUAGAGUGAAGGAGGGUGCGACGGAGAAGGUGACAGCAGAGGAGGCAGGUCCAGUUAGAGUCACGAAGGAUAGAGUCGGCAUGAAGGAGGAGAUGGAGAAUCCCCCAGUCCUCUCCUCUACACAACAGAGUCCCCCGCAGGAGGACCAACACAAACCAGAGAGCUGGAACAUCACCUGUCAGGACAGCAGUAGGAGUGACCUCCCUGAGAAGAGGAGAGAGGAGAAGUCACCGGGUAGUACCACCAGCGCCUGUGACCAUGGCAGUGGUCUUCCUGAGAGGAGUAGAGAGGAAGAGGAGGAGUCACCAGGUAGUACCAGCAGUGGUCUUCCUGAGAGGAGUAGAGAGGAAGAGGAGGAGUCACCGGGUAGUACCAGCAGUGGUCUUCCUGAGAGGAGUAGAGAGGAAGAGGAGGAGUCACCAGGUAGUACCAGCAGUGGUCUUCCUGAGAGGAGUAGAGAGGAAGAGGAGGAGUCACCAGGUAGUACCAGCAGUGGUCUUCCUGAGAGGAGUAGAGAGGAAGAGGAGGAGUCACCAGGUAGUACCAGCAGCGCCAGUGACCAUGGCAGUGGUCUUCCUGAGAGGAGUAGAGAGGAAGAGGAGGAGUCACCAGGUAGUACCAGCAGUGGUCUUCCUGAGAGGAGUAGAGAGGAAGAGGAGGAGUCACCAGAUAGUACCAGCAGUGGUCUUCCUGAGAGGAGUAGAGAGGAAGAGGAGGAGACAGCAGGCAGCAGCAAGGACAGUAGCAGAGUGUCAGCCAGGAAUAGCCCUUCCCACCCCUGCAGAACCAGGAGAGGCAGCAAGUCCCAGCCAGGCUGCAGCAGCCAGGUGGUGGUGGGGAGGAGCAGCGAGGCUGGGAGGUCCAGGAGGAGCAUCGUCCCUCCCCAGCGGUUCUCCUCCUACGUCACAGAGCCCAGGAUGAUGUAUUCUGCUGCCUGUUUCUCAGAGAGGAUCAUCUCCGCCCAGAGGACGCCAAAGGAUCGGCAACCACUCAAUGCCCCCAACACCAAUCGCACAGACUCCCCGUCCUCGGCCACAGACACGGCUGAGGGGUUGGGCGAAGCAAGAGAAGAGGAAUUACCGCUAGCAUCCAGUCCUGAGGAUGUCAGUCAGGAGAGGAUGGGAGGCAGAGGCUGUAGAUCAACAGCAAGAGGUCAGAGUUCAGACCGUGAGUCACAGAGACGAGGUCAGGUGAUUCCCGUCACUGCAGCUUCCUCUGAGCAGCAGAGUCCCCUUAAACAGCGCUCCCAGAACAGGGCAGACGUGAGGCUCAGAGCAGCCAAACCUUUUGGGCGCUUACGCUCCUCCCACUCUGCCCAACAGUCCCAACCAGCGAGCCCUCAGACAGCCUCCAGGCCAGAGGUCCCCACAGGGCAGCCUCAGUACAUCAGCCCCAUCAAGCUGAUGUUUGUGUCUGCAGUAGUGGGUGAGGAGGGGGUGAGGUACACCCUGAAGGCGGCUGCACCAGGAUCCAGCUGGCAUGGACAGGAGACCUUUGACCCCUGUGAGGAGUCAUCGUGGGCUGGAAGUCCAGAGAAGUCCCCAGAGAAGACCAGGAGUACCCUCCAGACCAGGAGUCCACCGAAGACCAGGAGUCCACCGAAGACCAGGAGUCCCCUCCAGACCAGGAGUCCCCUCCAGACCAGGAGUCCCCUCCAGACCAGGAGUCCACCGAAGACCAGGAGUCCCCUCCAGACCAGGAGUCCACCCCAGACCAGGAUUCCACCGAAGACCAGGAUUCCCCUCCAGACCAGGAGUCCACCCCAGACCAGGAGUCCACCCAAGAACACCAUAUCGUCAUCACCAAAGCUGUGUGGAACGACGAGAGGAGGAGAGGGGGGUAGCCCGCCAAAACGGUCUCCUGGGUUCCAGAACGGAGACGGCUCGCCUCCUUUUCGUGAAACCACCCCCACAAAGAGACGUCCGGGACGUCCCAAGAAACUGGGCCCCCAGCUGGAGAAGAGGGCCAAGAGGCCGAUUGGCCGCCCGCCCAAGCAAAGGGGUGUAGAGCCGAGCUGUGGCUCCAGGCAGGGUGGUCAGGACCGGUCCAGUGGAGUUCCCUUAGGCUGCAGCACCGGGGAGGAGGGCAACGAGGAGAGAGACCCAGCCAACAGGAACCUGAAGAUCACCGUGGUGUACGGACGCUCCCACAGGACCAAGAGGACAGUGUCGGAGGAGGCUGCUUGUCUCCAGGCUACAGAGCAGCUGAUGGAUCUGAACUUCGUCAGACCGGUGAAGGAGAAGAGGUUCGCUCCCCACGCCAGCAGCAACAUUAUCAAGUGCCAGAAGCUGCAGUGUACCGCGGCCAUGCGUCGUCCAGGGAGACCCGCCAAGGUCAAGAUCUCCGGAAUCUCCGUUACCGUCACCACCACAUCGCCGGGGAAACGCAAGAUCCACAUGAACCGGGACACAGCCAGGAAAUCUCCGGAGAAGCUCUGUCAGCGGAAAGCCCUCCUUCCUGAACCCCAGCCUUCCAAAGAGCCCAGGAAAAUCAGCAGCACGCCAACUAGCGAGGACGCCACUCUGAUGCAGAUAGAGAGAACGACAGAGUCCAAGGAUGGAGCGAGGGAGCGACAGACCCAGACUCCUCCUGUGUUGGCGGUGCGUCACUCUGUGAGGGUGAGGAAGCCUUCAGUGUACCUGCUUCACUCUGUAGCCACCUCCACCUCUAGGUCCCUGAGCCACAGUACCGCCCUGCUGCGCCGAUCCAGACAGCUACUGAUCAACAGGGCCAGCAGCAAGGGCAGCCAUCGCAAGAGGAAGGAGGAGGGAAGAGAGGACACCCCAGGGCAGGAGGAGCUGCUCUCCGGGAGGGAGGAGAGGAGGAGCGAGGGAAGAGGAGGGGUGUUGUGUGAGGACCUGAGCCAGGUAGCAGGGGUUUCGGUAGACUCCAUUUUCCCAGCCAGCUCCAGCGAGGCGUUGAGGUGGUGGCCCAUCUCCUCCGACCAGGACAGCCUGAACCAAGAGCUGGCUCGCAGGAUCCGCCUCAUAUCCCAAAGCUGGGUCGCUGCCGCUACCACCCACACCACCAGGACGGGGACGAUCAUGUCCGCCAAGCAGAGACUCGACGACGACUCUUUGUCCUCCUGGAAGCCAGAGGUUGGGUCGGCAGUGCGGCUGCUGUUUGACCGGCGCUGCAGCGUGGAGAGGCUGGCCUCCUGGUUCAUGCAGACCACUGAGACUCAGUCUCUGGGCAUUGUAAAGAAGACCAGCUCCCGAAACCCCUAUGAGCUCCUGCACUACCCCCGGAACACCAGCAGGGAGAGCGUCUUUCCCAGCCCACAAACCAUGCGACUACGCAAACACAUCAAGAAGUUUGCCAAAGCUGUGCCGAAGAGCCCCGCCCAGCUCCGUCUGGCCCAGGAACGGCUCCGACGUGGAAGAGAGCUGAAUGCCAGGCGGCGUCUGUUCACUACCAGGCCGGCGUCUGGCGGGCUGCGUCUCAGAGCUCCUUGGAGGAAGGUCAGGGCCCUCGGGACAUACAGAACCACUCUGCUCAGAGUAAGAGAAAAGUUCCUCACCUGGACCCUCAGAGCCAAGCAGCCCAACAGGCUGAUCUGGAGGAGAAGCCUGGUGGAGGAAGGCAACUCACCUCACCAGGUCUGGCCUUCUGCCCAGCCCAGGGAAGAGCUCACCAGGUCUCCACAUCACCACUGUCUACCUGCCUCCUCAGAGACCAGUCAUCCCUGCAGCCCCAACCGGCUGACAGGCCUCACCAAACAGCAGCGUCUCAGCUCUAAAGCCUGGAGUCCAGAGAGACUGAAGGAGUGUUGCGUGUUCCUCAAGAAGAUCAACUCCCCCGACACAGAGUCCACCGUUGAGAAGGAGUGGGAUGUCUGCACCGUCAAUCUAGAUGACACAUACUGCCCCGACGAGACCAGACAGGAGGAGAGGGGCGGAGAGGACGACAAAGCUGUGAAAACGGAGAGAAGGAAGAGGAGAGUUCCCUGGAACGAGUCUAGUGGCUCGCCGCAGGAGGUGAUGGUUCAGGAGCACAACCAGGUCCGAGCCGGGAACAGGAGAGGCAAACAGAAACAUUCAGGGAAGGCCACGAGCCAAUCACCGACCACGCCGCCAGCGAAAGCCACGAGCCAACCUGACCCCGCCGCCAGCGAAAGCCGCGAGCCAAUCACCGACCCCGCCGCCAGCGGAAGCCGCGAGCCAAUCACCGACCCCGCCGCCAGCGGAAGCCACGAGCCAAUCACCGACCCCGCCGCCAGCGGAAGCCACGAGCCAAUCACCGACCCCGCCGCCAGCGAAGCCACGAGCCAAUCACCGACCCCGCCGCCAGCGGAAGCCACGAGCCAAUCACCGACCCCGCCGCCAACGAAAGUCAUGAGAAAAUCGCGUGGGAGGGGCCUGACCGGGCCGCGGUGGCGUGACUUUAUACUGGGAACCUGACUGUCCUCCGUCCCGUCUCCACGGCGACUGUGUUGUAACUGUAUUGGCGGGACGCUCCUCCCUCCGUCUCCACGGUGACUGCGUGUAAACAACUCGGUGCCUUCAGACUGCCCCUUGGCAUUAUGUAGCAGAAGGAAAAGUUUAACCAGAAGAAGCUUACCAUUGCACUAUUUUUUAAACUAUUCAGCCCCCCCCCCCCCCCCCCCCACACACACACACACACACACAGCCUGCUUUUAAAAAACCAAACUGUGUAUAUGUUUGUACAGAAUGUUUUUAAAACUUUGACACACCUUUCUUCUGCCUUGUCUGAUACAACUACCAACCCAUCAAGUUCUGUUGUAAUGAGCCUGGAGGCCUGUUUGGGCGAGUACACAUUCAAACACUGCGUCUACAAUGGCACCCUAUUCCCUAUAUAGUGCACUACUUUAGACCACAGCCCUAUGACACCCUAUUCCCUAUAUAUAGGGCACUAUUUUAGACCAGGGCCAUAUAAUGUUCAGGUAUAAAGUAGUGCACUAUAUAGGGAAUAGGGUGCCAUAGGGCUGUGGUAUAAAGUAGUGCACUAUAUAGGGAAUAGGGUUCCCUUUGGGUCUGAUUCUCUCCUCCAUGAUGUGUGCACUUCCCCUCAUGGAUUUAUAAACAUUAUAGAUGUAAAACAUCAGUUUGGGAGGGAGGGAGUUUCACCUUCAGCUUGGGAGGGAGGGAGUUUCACCUUCAGCUUGGGAGAGAGUUUCACCUUCACCUUGGGAGG